GUGAACACAGCCACCUUCUCCGGCUCCUGGGUCACGAAAAUCGAUAUUUGUUGUGUUACCAUUAGUGAAUAUUGGUGGCCACAUAUUGUGUACUCACACAACCACCGACCUAAAGUGUUGUAACGGUUGUAAUGACUGUUUGUUUUAUGUUAACUUGAUGAAGACUGAGGAAGGUUGUGAGUGACGGUGGUGAGUGACGGUGGUGAGGGGCAGGUGAGUAGAAGUGACUCUAAAGGUUCAGCAAAUCUGGAAACGUGUUGAGCGCCUCGGCGGGUCCAGGUGGCGGGGCUGCCUCUAGUUUGCUACUGGCAGCCGUGACCGCUGGAUCUCCCCCCACUCUCUCUCUCUCUCUCUUACUGCCAGCGCCGCCGACCGUCCGCCAGCCAGUCAACUAGCCACUUACCAACAUAAGACUCUACCCCUCCCUGCCCUCCCGACCUAGUACAACCACAGCCUUUGGAGUGUCAGUCACUUUGUCUUCCACAACUUACAAACGUUUCCCUCGAAAUAGAUUUACCGAAGAAAACGGAUUUACUUUGACGAAGAAAAACGGGGUGUGAGUGUUGAAGAAAAAGGGGGAACUUGUGAAAAAACAAAGGUAACCCAGGUGGUUGGAGGGUAGAUGUGAGGAUAGUUGUGGUGUUGGUAGCUCGGGUGGUUGUUGGAUGUGGUGGUGGUGGUAGUAGUGGUUGUGGCCCAUGAGAAGGCUCGAGGCCCAGGUCCCAGGCGAAGCAGCAGCUGACGGCCAUGGGAUGCCAGCUAUCACGGGCGCUGGUCAGGGAUCAUGGCGGAGAGGCGGGGAGAGAAGGAACAACACCCCAACAAGGACCUCAUGGAACCACCGCCCCCCCCACCCCUUGACCCCCGCAUACCCCUGACCGCCAAGCAGAAGUUCAACAUGAACAAGUCCUGGAAGGGGAUCAGUCGAGCUCUUGAACCCACUGGCGUCUAUAUGUUCCUCCAGUUAUUCGAGAACAAUUCAGAACUACUGGCGUUGUUCACUAAGUUCAAGCAGCUGAGGACGAGGGAUGAACAAGCCGAGUCUCUGGAGUUAGCUGAACAUGCCACCAUCGUUAUGAACUCUUUAGAUGAAGGAAUCAAAGCUAUGGAUAAUGUAGAUUUUUUUUUUGACCUGUUGCACCAAAUAGGAGCCUCACACCGGAAAAUACCCGGCUUUCAGAAGGAAUAUUUUUGGAAGAUCGAGCACCCGUUCCUGGAGGCCGUGCGGCUGACGCUUGGUGACCGCUACACCGACAACAUGGACAACAUCUACAGGAUCACCAUCAAGUUCCUCAUUGAGACGGUGGUGAAGGGCUACGAGAUGGCUGAAGAAAAAGAACCCAACGACAACGUGAAGGAGGCCAUUAACUCGUCAGGCGGCAACUGUAGUAAAGCCUCCAAGGGCUCCUGAAGAAGGCACAGAAGACGAUCUUGGAGAGGAUGAAUGAAUGUGUAGUUUUUAGUCUUAUAGGGAGAAAAAAAAGAUGAAGCCACACUGCCACUAGGGCUUGCACCAAUUAGUGUGUUUAUUUCGUGUUUUGUUUUGUUUAUUACGAUGUACUGUAGCUGAAGUGUGGUUGAUGGGCUCACUGUGUAAUGCUGGGGUACACUAUGUUGCUUCUGUCUCUCAUCUCUACUGAAGAAGUGAGGUACCGUGUCCUCUCAUCUCUGGUAAGAACAAGGCAGCUCUUAAUACUAGACUCUAGGUUAUUAUGCCAUCGAGAAAACUAAAGUUCCUCAGAUUAUUCCAAUUAUUGCAAAAGUUGUUCAGCCUUAACUAACGUGGUGAGGAAAUUAUGUAAAAAAGAGUUGUUCUUUAUGACUAUUAAAUGUAAUAAUGGGAGCAAUACGAGAGAGAGACAUAUUUAAUAGAAAGAUUCAUGAACUAUUAAUUUGGGGGUAUUUUUGAAACGAAGAAUUUAAUAGUUUUUUAAAGACGGUGUUCAAACUUUUAUAUACCAGAUGUCUAUAGAGGGUCGCAGGCUUAUGACACUCUCGCCCUGGGUUGAGGAAUCGCUCUUUCUACUGACGUGAAGAUGAGUGGGAUUAUAAUGUGUAUUUCAUGUUUAUUCACGUUAUUCAUUUCAUUGGAGAGGAGGAUGGAGAGGUGUGUCGCGGGAGCUUAAUGUGGGGGGAAGCUUUCAGUGCCAGAGAUAAAUUUAUAACAGAAACGUAAACUUUGCAUUUUGGAGUAAAUUUAGAUAUUUUCUGAAAGGACAGAUUGAAGAUUUCUUGUACCAUUCUCACCUAGCCAAACCUAACCUAACCUAACCUAACCUAAUGCUAACCUAACCUAACCUAA